AUGACAAUUGAUCAUCCUUUCAGUCAAGAAGAUAAUCUUCGUUUGGACCGCCUUUCAUCACCACGUUUUUCUCCAGAUGGUAGCAGUAAUGCUAUGUAUUUGCGACGACAAUAUCAUAUGCCCAAUUGCAACGGAUCAUCAACAACAUUACAUUGGGUCGAUUUGAGUAAUCCUCUGAACGACAUAGUUGUGCAACUGAUGCGAUCAAUUUGGGGAGUCCAUGAUCAGCAAGUAAACGAAAAGAAAACUAACGGGUAGUUCAGAUUCAAUUGUCGAUCUUAGUGAACUAUAUUUUGAUCAAUCAUUGAAUCUUAUUUUAAUACAAACUACAGCAUUGGAUAAAGCAAACAAAGUUCUACAUUUUCAAAGGGUGUGGGUGUGGGUGUAGACCAUGUCUUUACUCGCAGCCAUACCCCACAGCCACAGUCACACCCACCCACAUCUUUUAGAUCUUUUAAUAGCCAGUCUCAGUUUAGAAACCCUUCUCUGUGACGGUUUCUGGUUAGUAUCUCCCAAUAAUGAACAAUUACGUAAAGCGAUCUCUUUUUUUUGUGAUUUCCGAUGAUGCUCAUAUUAGAGAGGUUUUACUAUAUAUUACAAUGAACAUUGAGUUAGAAAUGUGCACGAUACCUUAAUAAUUAAUAAGCUAUUAUAGGCGCAGCAGCUUUCCUUAAACGAUUAUCUUGCAUAAUAAAUGUCAUUACUUUUAUCAAUUUCAGUCAAAUAAUGAUUAUGUAUAUUUUCUAUCUCAACGAAGAUCGUUCAUCAAAAGGUUUACAAGACAAGCAAUUAUCAUAAUAUUACGUCCUUGAUGCUGUUUUCUCAAUUAAGAAGAAAACUUUUAAGUGAUUACAAUGAAAACAAUGCUAGUGCGCAUCCAUCAGUACGCCUCAUAUCAACCAUUAAAACCUAAAAGUUUACAGCAAUGAUUGGAAAUAAUUUUCUAAUGCAUAGAUUCAAAAGAACAAUAUAAAGUAAGAAAGCUUUAAAAAAUGUCUUCAUUAGAGAAAUAGUUCGUAAAAAUCGUUUUAAACUGUUGUUUUGUCUGAGUUUACUCUAGUUUGUGUUUCUUAAGUUAAUGAUAAAAAAUAAUUGGAAUUAUUUUUAUAAAAAUAGUAUAUACUGUACCAAGCAGUUUAUCAAUGUAGUCUAGCAUAGAGACAUUGUUUUUUCUAUAAUUAUUGGAAAGAGUCCGUUCUCAGUUUCAAAUUUCAUACUGAACAAAUAUUGUUUGUAUUCAGGAAGAAAAAUUUAACAAUGGUACUUCUCAUUAAAGGUUCUAGACAUGAAGAUUUUUUAAUUGCGUAUUAUUAAGAAAGAAAGACAAAACACUCAGUGUUUGGUUCUUCUUAAGACAAGAUCUUUCACAAAUAUAUUUAUUAUAUGAUCAAAAUGCGACAAAAAUUGCUACUUCAUCUUAUUAUAUAACGAAAUAUACAGGCUUUCGGAAAUAUUCCUCCAGAGAAAUAUAAAUUUUUUUCUUCCCGAUAGAGAGACAUUUUCAGUAAUACAAAUAUGCAUAAAAUAAUAAAAGUUUUGCUUCGCAAUAAUUGACCUGGACGACAUGCUCAAUGCUAAAUUAAAGAUCGACAGUUAAUAUCUGUUAUUGAAAUAAAACUCAGGUUUCCAACCUGAGAAACGAUUCUAGAACAAAUGUAAAAUUACUUAAAACGUUCUAUAUCACUUUAUUUAAAACUUAAAUAUCAUAGAACAAGUUCUCAUACAAAAAAAAAGUAACAAUUACCGAGUUUUAAACUUUAGUUGUUUUUGUGCAACAGUUUUAACUGGACUUCGAUUAAUGCUACGAUAAGACAGUAAAUGAAUUGAAGUGUUACUAAGCUUGAAACAACAGCCACCGAACUUUCCAAGCAGACCAUAAUUUGAUAAUUAUCAAUAUAUUGACCAAUCAGGAUACACAUCGCACUAAUAAUUGUUGCUAUAUUAAUCAACUAGGGACUACCAUAAAUAAUAAAAAUCGAUAUUGUAUUAAAUGAUCCAAAAAUAUUUAAAUGUAUACGAAACUUUGUAAGUUUCACCCGUUGUUCAACAAACUUCUUAUGAGCUGCGAGAAUUUCAUUGAGCUUGUCAUGAGUUGGGGUGUAGGUGUGGGUGUGGGCUAGCAGAACUCCUACACCCACACGCAGACUAAGGCCGACACCCACACC